AUUGGCCAUAUAUUCCCAUAUUCACAAUCACCAACGCAACGCAACGCAUCGAAGGAAAAUGAAACUAGUUUGGUCUCCAGAAACAGCAUCCAAGGCAUACAUCCAAACAGUACAAUCCUGCCGGGUUUUCCGGGAAUCGGGGGUGGCGGAGCUGGUGUCGGCGAUGGCGGCGGGGUGGAAGGCGCAGCUGAUCGUGGAGACGUGGUCGGAGGGGGGAGCAAUGGCGACGAGCGUGGGUCUGGCGGUGGCCAGGGGGCACACGGGUGGGCGGCACGUGUGCGUGGUCCCGGACGAGAGGUCGAGGUCGGAGUACGCGGAGCGGAUGGCGGAGGCGGGGAUGCGGGCGGAGAUGGCGGUGGGGGAGGCGGAGGAGGUGAUGGAGGGGCUGGCGGGGGGGGACUUCAUGGUGGUGGAUUCGACGCGCGAUGACUUCUCCCGAGUGCUGGGCCUGGCGAAGCUGAGUGCGAAAGGGGCUGUGCUGAUAUGCAAGAAUGUUAACUCGGGCGUGAAUGGGUUUGGGUGGCGGAGUGUGGCUGAGGGAGCGUCGCGCCGUCUUGUUCGCUCCGUGUUUCUUCCUGUUGGUAAGGGCCUUGACAUCGCCCACGUGUCGGCUGUUGGGGCUUCGGCUGCUAAGAGAUGGAUUAAGCAUAUUGAUCAGCAAUCAGGGGAGGUUCAUGUUAUUAGACGAUGAAUACUCAAUUCCCUAACUCUGCCCAUCAUUUUACUUUUAACUUUUAACAAACACUGCUUUAAUUUAGGGAUAGCCAAAAACACAACAACCCAAACCUUAAUUACUCUUCUUCUGUGUUUACUCAUUUAACCAAACCCACCAUUGUAUUCUACUAUUCACCUUUUCUUUUUCUUUUAUUUUGUAAAUACACUUAUACAGCAUGAAUUUAUAUGCCAUAAACCAUUCCAUUUCUUUUAGAUAUAA